ACUCUGCAAGGAUCAUUUCUAGGGUACUUGGAAAGAUACUCGCCAAUAGAUGAAAUAUAAAAGGGUUAUUGUCGGACAAUCUAAAAAUUUGAGACAGUUGCAAAAUUGUUCAAUUAUUGUUCCUUUUUCUCCCUCAUAAACAUCCACAAUAGAAUUUAGAAGGUCAAUGCUCCACUCAAAAACUUAUUAGCCUUCGAUGAAAUGUUAGAAAUGGAAGUGCCACUAAAUUUUCUUUUGAUUGCAUUGAUGGAUUCGAAGAGUCGCGCCUCGCUUGGAAAAGGUUCCGGCGCCGUGUCAGGAUCACGUGCAGUGGAUCACAUGGCUGAGAUCCACCCUCCUUGUCGCUCCACGAUCUAUAUUUCAGCCAAUCAAAUAACACAAAGAGGUUAUUUCUUCGAGCUGAUUGACUAACAAAUUAGAUAUCCUAGAACAGGGACUACAAGUAUUUAUCCUUGAGACCAAUAUGUAGUAUGAUAGCUGGCUCGCACACGCUCGUGGAUUACUAUUUCCUUUUGGUCCUGUGGUACCGUAGUAAAGCCAUCAACCCUUGUUCCUAACAUAAGAUCAUAAUCUUUGUCACAAAAGUCCCAUAGUCGGGAUCCCCCAAGCUUAGUUUCGAAAGAAAGGGGAAAGAUAUCAGAAUGUUCUGUUCUCCGUAGUAGUUCACGCCAUAUUAUAUAUUACAGAAAUUCUAGUUUCUAGUUGAUCAAAUCAAUACCGAUCUGAUAGGUGUCGAAAUGGCGGAAGUAGGCCUCAUAGACAACCGACAGUCUGAACUCAGAGCUACAAGUGUCGCAAUCGUUUUGCUUGCAGUUGUUUUUGUUAUACUUCGAUUCAUAUCUCGGCGGAUGAACGGGAUUGGUUAUGGAAGUGAUGAUAUUAUGAUACAUAUUGCUUUGUUCUUUCUCUUCAUGGCUUUUGCAACAUGUAUAAUUGGACUGUAUUUUGGACUGGGACGACAUACGACAGCGCUGAGCACCCCCGAGAUUAUAUCAUACGCGAAGUCGCUAAUAGCAUUUGAAUGUCUAUACGUCACCUGUGUAUGCUUCACUAAGCUAUCGCUGCUAUUGAUGUACCGCCGCAUUUUCCCAGUCCGCAGUAUUAAGAUCGGAUCACUCGUCAUCGGCGGCCUUUCCGUGGCAUGGUGUAUCUCCAUCAUUAUGGUGUCGGUCUUCCAGUGUAUUCCAAUCCAGAAGAUCUGGAAUCCUACUCUUGAGGGUCAUUGUAUCAAUCUGAAAGCAUCUUUUAUUGGAAAUGCUAUUCCUAAUAUCUUGACCGAUGUAGCGAUCUUGGCGCUGCCCAUGCAGCAAGUCUGGGGUUUACAUACUAGUGUCAUGCAGAAGACACACAUCUCAUUUGUGUUUUUGCUUGGAAGUUUCGUUAUUUUCACUAGUAUUUACCGCUUCACGACUCUUUUCCAAUUUCAGCCUGCAGACAUCACUUGGACACUAGCAACAGCGCAAGUAUGGUGCGUAGUCGAAUCAGCCUCGGGAAUAAUGUCCGCCUGCCUGCCAACUUUGGGCCCUCUCGUCCAGUUUUCCGCUCGAAAGCUCGGUAUAGCAAGCGUUCUAAAUCGGUCAUCGAAAGCACGCACUUCCUCUGCGGGUCCACAUUUACAAACAAUCGGCGGAUCAGGCGGACCAAAGAAGAGCAUCCACACUAGUGGGAAGUUUGACAGCUCUAAAAACAUAAGAGAAGGCUCAAGGCCGUUUCGUAAAUUAUCUGCGGAGUCCGGAAUUAGCGACGAGAGAGGGGACUGGAAAGGGGGAAGUAAUGUGAGGGCCACUGUGAGGGCGCACGAUGCGGAGAGUGUGGGGAGUAAUGAAAUACCACUGCAUAAUAUUGUUGUGAAUACGGAGAUAGAGUGGACUGAAUCCGGAUCAGGGAAGACCAGUAAGAACAGUGAUCAGAGAGAUAUGUACUAAGAUGACGUGAGUCGUUAAGUUUUUGUAUCAUGAGCAUAAUCUGCAGCGAUCGGGGAAGGCGUUCCUUGAGUUGGACUCCAAAAUUGGUAAGCAAUGAGGAUAUAUCAAGUCUCAAUGUUUGAUUAGGAGCUUCAUAGAAAGAGACGAUAUCAUGUUGCCACGAAGAUCUUGCUAGUCUAGUAAUUAAUUAUAUUGAGGGCUAAACUUCAUCGUGCUGCAAGCGAUAUCUCAAGCUACCGAGUGCCAGCUUCUCCUCAAGGUUUUUGAACAGCCACAGUGCAGCC